CGGCUUGACGCUGCUUUGUCUGGCGACUGUUAAAUCGACUCGUCCCUUGCGCUUCGUCUCACUGCGAUCCAUAAAGCCCAAAAACUGACGGUUUCGGGCCUGCAGCUGCCAACAAUAUCUUCAAAAGCUUUCGAAAGAACUCCUGGGGUCCGAAGAGGAGAAUGACGGGUCAUUCACGGAACAGUUCUCUCGAAGCCAGUCAGCCCAGUGAGCCGAACGAGAGAGAUGCAUUGCUCCACGACAUCGCUCGCAACAACACCGGUCUCCGACAGCAGAAGCCGGCCCGUCACUGGUUUCACUGGCCUCACCGGGUGGCUCAUUUGACGUGGCAGACUCUCGUGCGGGACUAUGUCAAUGUUUUCCUCGUCUUUGUGCCAUUGGGCAUCAUCGCCGGCGCCCUGCACUGGGACAGCACCGUCAUCUUCACCCUGAACUUCCUGGCGAUCAUUCCUCUGGCCUCGCUCUUGAGUUUCGCGACCGAGGAGCUGGCGGCGGUCAUGGGCCAGGCCAUGGGUGGGUUGAUGAACGCGACUUUCGGCAAUGCUGUGGAAUUGAUCGUCAGCAUCAUCGCCUUGAAGGACAACCAGAUCCGCGUCGUUCAGGCCAGCAUGCUUGGUAGCAUCCUCUCCAACAUCCUGCUCGUUCUUGGCUGCUGCUUCUUUGUCGGCGGCCUGCGGUACUCGGAACAAUCGUUCAACAGCACGGUGGCAUCGACCAUGUCGUCUUUGAUGACGGUUUCGUCCGCUUCGCUGAUCAUCCCCGCCACGCUUUACGCCUCGUUGAGCGAAUCCGGCGACAAGGACCAGCGGAGAGACAACAUCCUGUUUCUGUCGCAUGGCACGGCCAUCAUCCUGCUCGUUCUCUAUGUGAUGUAUCUGUACUUCCAGCUCAGGUCGCACGCGGAGCUGUUCGAGGCGGCCAACGACGAGCUCGGCGAGGCUGAAAACCAGGGAGAUGACGCCGAGGAAGAGGAGGAGCACAUCCUUAGUCCGGUGGCUGCCACGGUCGCGUUGAUCGUCGUGACGGUCCUGGUGGCCAUCUGCGCCGACUACCUGGUUGGCAGCAUCGACAGCAUCGUGCAGCAGACCGGUAUGAGCCGCACGUUCAUCGGUCUGGUUCUGAUCCCCAUUGUCGGUAAUGCCGCGGAGCAUGUGACUGCUGUUGUUGUCGCGUGGAAGGGCAAGAUGGAUCUGGCGAUCGGGGUUGCCAUCGGGAGCAGCCUGCAGAUUGCGCUGUUUGUCACGCCCUUCCUCGUCAUUCUCGGCUGGAUCAUGGGCAUCGAGAUGACCCUGCAUUUCCACAUCUUCGAGACCAUGGCCUUUUUCAUCUCGGGACUUGUGGUGACUUUCCUCAUCCAGGACGGAAAGUCCAAUUACCUGGAGGGCGGAUUGUGCCUGGGAAUGUAUCUCAUCCUGGCCCUUGCCUUCUACGUCUACCCUGACGACGUCAACGAGGAUGCUCUUUGGCACCCGUGAAAGACUCUAGGAUUGUGAUCCUGCGAUUGCAGACUUUACCUUCACUUUCUGUAUCCCUUUCCUAUCUCCAUCUCCACCUUGUCCUCUGGUGUAUGCCCUUGUAAAUAGCAGUCGCGUCUGGAUUCUAUCCCUGUGCGUUCCAGGUUUUGGUGUUCUACUAGUGUAUUUCCCAGCUGCAGGUCAGCACCGGUGGAGACCGACAUCAUUCUGCUCUGAUU